UAUUUUGUAGGAUAUAAUAAAUAAAAAAUAAAAUUGUGGUGAAUCUUGAAAUAGCCACCCACUCUACAUAUAACCUUUAUCCUUCUUAUAUCUCUAGAUAUACAGCGGCACAGUCGAUUAAACUUCUCAGUUCUCAGGAUGAGAAACAAACGCAGGGAGGAUGUUGCCAGUUCCAUCACUGAAGAUCUCCACAUGGAAAUCUUAGUAAGACUCCCGGUAAAAUCACUCAUUCGGUUUCAGUGUGUAUGCAAGCGGUGGAGGGGUUUGAUUCGCAGCUCAAGUUUUGUUACAGCACAUAUCAGACAACAUUCCCAUACCCAUCUAAUUACGGAUGACCGCUCAUGUUUUGACCAGGUUGAGCUUUGUUACUCUCUUUUUCGUUGUGAAAGAUUUGAGCAGUCCCUGGAGUUAAAACCUCCCUUUCAUCCCCAACUAGACUAUAAUUCCCGACUAGACUACUUCAAGAUAUAUGGUUCAAAAAACGGUUUAGUGUGUCUUGCUGGGAAUGUAAUGGAUUCAAGCAGCCCUAUAUACAUAUGGAACCCCUCUGUUAGGAAAUUCAGGAUUCUUCCACAACCAAGAUUCGAUCAUUAUUGUGUGGACUGUUUUCCCAAGCAUGUUGAUAUCCCUCUCUUAUUUGGAUUCCACCCAGAACUAAAUGACUAUAAGGUGAUAAGGAUGAUGCUGCCUGGUUCCAUCAAAAUGGAGGUUUAUACUCUUAGCACAAACUCUUGGAAGAUUAUUCAAGUCAUUCCACCUUGGCUCAAUACCAUGAAGUUUUCUACUCGAUCUGAAUUUUGGAAUGGAAUGGCAUAUUGGCUUGCCACCAAAGAUUCAAUGGUUAGGGUUGUGUCGUUUGAUACUAACAAUGAAGAAUUUGAAGAGCUAGCGGUCCCAAUUACGAUUUUGAGUGAUGAUUGGGAUGCAUAUAUCGAAGUGUACAAAGAAUCGAUUUGCCUACUUCAUGUCAAAGUUGAACUGGAUAAUGACGUUGGCUGUGACUGUAUCGACUUCUGGGUUCUGCAAGAACGGUGUUUUAAGAAACUGCAUACUGUUUAUUUUCCUCAAGUAUAUCAUGUCAUUUGGGGCUUUAGCGUGGAUAAUGAGCUCUUACUAGAAGAUUAUUCUUCUGAUGGCGAAUUGGCGUUUUAUAAUCUUGAAUCCAAACAGGUUCAGAAAAUUCGAAUCAGUUCCUAUUUAAGCGUACAUACUUACAUUGAAAGUUUAGUUUUAUUUGAUAUGUAAUAUAAAUACUAGUUGAUCAUGGUAAAAACACUUCUUGGGUUCUUUUCUUCUUUUUUGCUUCUCCUAAUGUGUGAUCAUGAUUAUUUUAUGUUAUGUAG